AAUGACACCAAUCCGGAGGCUCUGUUUCCUCCUGAAAAACCCCCCUUUGAACCCCACCACGACCACCACCGUGUUUCGUCACUUCUCCACCUCCAAAACAGGCGACGACGAGUGGAAUGAUGCAUGGGAAACAGCUUGGCUCCCCGACGACCUCGCGGGAAAGACUCGAGCCCCAUGGGAAACAGACGUCAACUUCUCACUUUCCUCCGCUGAAACCGUCCCUUCUCAAAAUCCUAACAAUUCCCAUCUUGAUAUGGAUUCUGAGACCAAGGCUUUCGUGGAGGACAUGAACGAGAACUGGGAUCAAAGAAAAGGGAAGCCCAGAAGUAGUAGUACUAACGGGGAUAAGAAUGAUGGGGUGGUUAAAAAAGAGGGAAUUGGUGCUGGGGCGGCUGGAGCUUCGUCUGAGCUUUAUAGGCUGGAGAAUAUCAAGAGGGAUUAUAGAUUGAAGAAGCAGAGAGUUCAUGCCGGGCUAUGGGCGAAGGAGAUUGAGAAAAUGGAGGAGGCUAGGUUGGGGGAUUCCAUUUCUGGUGCUGGUGAUGACAUUGAGAAAUUGCUUGAUAGCUGCUCAGAGAUAUUUGAUUCUCCCGGUGAUGAUUUAAAUAAUACUAAAAUUCCUAGCACAGAGUUCAAAAAUAAGCCUGAUGGAUGGGAAACAACGUCAAGAGCUCAAGAUGGGAAUAUUUGGCAAAUGACACAAAGAGAAGAAGACAUUCUGCUUCAAGAAUUUGAGCGCCGAAUUGCAUUCAACAAGUUCCAGAUUGCAAGUUUUAUUAAAACUCACAUAUUUAGCCGAAGAAGACCCAUUGAUGGAUGGAAGUACAUGAUAGAGGUGAUUGGACCAAAUGCAAAGAGAGGGAAAGGCAGUGUCUCAAGAUUGCCUAGUGUAUCAGAUCCAGCAACUCAACCUUUCAAAGAGGAGAAAGCACCAAUUACCAGUACUCCCCUCUCCUACAAGGGGAGGUAAUAGUCAUCCUUGCUCGUAGGAGCAUCCGUAUUCAAUCAGAGAUGUUUGUUACCUUGUUAACAGGAGUGAGUGAGUUUCUACUGAGAUUCGAAUGAAUUUUAGCAUUGUCACAUACAAGUCAAAUUCAUGAGAGCUCAGCAUGAGUUUGCAAUACUUGUAUGGGAAACAGAUGAAAAGAAGCCACAUGUUUUAUUCUGGAGUGAACGAAGAAAAGAAAACAGAACUUGAGCAAGAGAAUGCCUUGAGCUGCUAUUUCCCUACUUUGGAAGUCCAUUUCUCUCGGAAGCCGAGAGGAUCAUGUUGCAUAAUACAGAAGCAUGAAUGAAGAUACCGCUGAGAGAAGGAAACAGUUGCGCAGUUCAUCUCGCAAGUUCAGGUGAAGCUGAACUUGAAAUUGUAGUAUUGAUGAAGAGUCCAUUAAACGUUUGUUGUUGGUUGAUUUAGCACUAGCAGAUUCUGUUUAGGAAUAUUUAAAUGGGCGUAUGCCGUUAGAUGUGCCAAAAACGAAAAAGAAAGGAAAGGCAUUCUACUUC